AUGGAGACUCUGCACGUGGGGGGAUGGAGCGGCGGAGACCGUCCUCCGCACGGCCUGACGCUCGUGGACGGCGGCGGUGACCCACGCGCCUGGCUGGCCCCGGUGCAGCCCGCUGGCACCCGCGUGGCACACGUCACUUCCCCCUCACCCUGCCCCAGCGCAGGCUCCCGUCACGAGAGUGACUCUCCGACAUCUUCGGGGCACCCCAGCCCGUCCAGCAACCGGAAAGCUGCCAAAAUACCCUCCUCGUCUCCGUCCAGAGCCAGGGAGGCGGCCAGGCUAACGGACUCCGCUUCCGGCCCCGCGGAGGCCGGAGCGCGCCCGAGAGUCCAGCCCGGGAAACCCGGCACCGUGCAGAGGCAGAGGCGCGUGGCCGCGAACGCGCGGGAGCGGCGGCGGAUGCACGGGCUCAACCACGCGUUCGACGAGCUGCGCAGCGUCAUCCCCGCGCUGGACAACGACAAGAAGCUGUCCAAGUACGAAACCCUUCAAAUGGCGCAGAUCUACAUCAGCGCCCUGGCGGACUUGCUCCAGGGCCCGGUCUCUGCCAACACCACCUCCGCCACCACCACCAGCAUCAGCAACGACGACGACCUUCCCGACGGUAACUCGCCAAAAUGUGACUUAAUGAUUUCGUCCAGCGUGGACGUGUUGGAAGCGGGGGAGGACGGAGCCCCCCCGCCCGGCGCGGACUGCAGGAGGACGGCCACCGUCACCGUCACCGCAGGCGGCGUCCUACCCGUCCAAAUCAGCGGAGUGCCCUACGGCUCCUCCUUCGACGACGGCUGCUUCUCGGCGCUGAUGGAGGAGGCGAUGCGUUCCCUGUCUCCGUCCGCCUCCUCGCCCUCCUCCUCUUCCUCCUCCUCCUCCAGGGUGGGCCGCUCGGUCGGGGGCGAGAGGAAAGGCUCGCCGCGGAGCGACGGGGAGUUUUCUCCCCGCUCGCAGUACAGUGACUCGGACGAGAUGCCGACGGAGCCGCACUCCAGCGAAGAAGACGACCUAACAGAACUUAAGCGACCCCGUCACCACCACCACCACCACCACCACCACCACCCGGCAUUCUGCGCCACCAUUCUGAAAUGA